GAGAUGAAGCGGCUGUUCAACAAUAACUGUCUUGUCGCUUCACCUCAGUCCGACAUUUGCUCCGGUAAGUGACGGAUCUAUUUUCAACGGGAGGUUGGACCGAUACAGGAGCGUCACACAGAAAGGAAAGACACUGGGGGAUAAAACACACUGUCCUCCCCCUCUACAGUUCACGGAAUUUACCUGUUUUCACGGGAAUAUCUUUACAUGCCAACAUCGGAUAUUUAUGAACAUCUGCACCGGUUUAUAUAAGUAGCUCUGAAGCGGCAAAGAAAGCAAGAAUGGAUCAGGAUCUAUUUGGUGGGGCUCCACGCUUCCUAACUCGACCCAAGGCGUUCUCUCUGUGCGUGGGACGAGAUGCCUCCCUCAGCUGCACUAUUGUGGGAAACCCUGUUCCUGUGGUCACCUGGGAGAAAGACAAGAUGCUUCUUUCUGCAGGUGGACGCUUCAAAAAAGUAGAAGAUGGAGACGUUUACCGACUUACCAUCUACGAUCUAACUCUAGAAGACAGCGGCCAGUACAUGUGUCGUGCCAAGAACAAUGUUGGAGAGGCAUAUGCAGCUGUGACCCUGAAGGUGGGACUGCCGGAAACUGUGAUUGAACGGGCCCCAGUGUUUACAGUAAAGCCUGUCUCCAGCCGUGUGGGUCUAGGGGGUGACGUUACCUUCUAUUGUCGGGUAGUAGCCCAUCCAGCACCCAACUUUGACUGGGAAAAAGACGGUCGCUACCUGGGUGAGACCAACCGCAUCAAGGUAAUCUCGGAAAAUGACUCCAGCUCCUUGAGGAUCCAGAGUGUUAGAAGCUUGGACAGUGGUACCUACACCUGCCGUGCGCAGAACUCCAUUGGUCGUGCUCAGUCGGCUGCUGCUCUGGUGGUCGACCUUCAAGAUACUCGUCUCCUGAACGCAGACAAGAGCACAUCCCUCCUCUCACACAUGCAGAAGCGGAAAGAAGAAAUGCGGAAGGACAUCUCCUUAUACCGCAAUAUAGAAAGUUCCUCAGCCACGCUUACAACUUCAUCUUCCAUGAGCACAGAGGAACUUGGAAAGUUGGGACUCGCCUAUGAUCAGGAGCAGAGGGUUUCGGCUUUAACCCACAUGUUGCCCAAAGGUGUGUUUACCCGCACCUGUACGGUGACAGAGGGUAAACAUGCCAAGCUUAGCUGUUUCGUCACAGGCCAUCCCAAACCUCAGAUCAUCUGGAGGAAAGAUGGGGCGAACAUCAGUGAGGGCCGCAGACAUGUUAUGUAUGAGGACCAGGCAGAGAACUUCAUCCUCAAGGUGCUCUACUGCAAACAAAGUGAUAAUGGGCUGUACACCUGCAAUGCAUCCAACUUGGCUGGACAAACCUAUAGCGCUGUGCUAGUGAUUGUCAAAGAGCCAAAGAUUCCCUUCAAAAAGAAGCUACAAGAUGUCGAGGUGAAGGAAAAGGAAACAGCAACUCUACAGUGUGAGGUACCAGUGUCGAACACAAAGGCCAGCUGGUUUUUGGAGGAGACCCGUCUGGAGGAAAAUGCCAAAUACCGCAUGGAUGUUGAUGGGACCCUGCGCCGCCUCACUAUUCACAAUGUCACCACCAAUGAUGAUGCCGUGUACAUCUGUGAGAUGAAUGAAGGCAGCCGCACUGUGGCCGAACUUACAGUGCUGGGCAACAUCACUAAAAAGCUGCCGAGGAGGACAGUGGUGCCAGUUAGCGAUACUGUGAUCUUCUGUGUGGAACUGGAGAGACCGGUAGAUGAUGCAUACUGGACCAGGAAUGGAGAGAGGCUGAAAGAGGACUCCCGAAUUAUUAUCGCCCGCAUUAACAGGCAGUACACUUUGACUAUUCGUGAAUGCACUGCAGAGGACUCGGGUGAGGUGGCCUUCAACGCCCUUGACUGCAAGACAUCCACCCGCUUCUCUGUCACAGCACCAAGGAAACAUCCCCCAGAUCCCCCAGUUGAGCCAGUUGUGCGAAACAAGACAGAUUCAUCAAUCACCCUGUGCUGGGCUCCACCAGACAGUGAGCGACCUGUGCCCAUCACCGGCUAUAUUGUUGAGCGCAGGAAGGUGGGAGCCCAAACCUGGGUUAAAGUCACUAGCACGACUGUGUCUAGCACUGAAUACACCAUCAGCGAAAUUUCAGAAGAAGCAAGCUAUCAGUUCCGCAUCUCAGCGGUCAAUGAUUUUGGUCAGAGUGCCCACUUGGAGGUUCCUGGAACGUUUUACCUUGAGCCCACAGCAUCAGUGAAGACAGGCCUGGUGAACUGCAGUGCACAUGUUGGUGAAGAAGCAACUUUCACUGUUGAGCUCUCAGCCGUAUGUUCUGGCUCCUGGACCAUAAAUGAGAGAAUGAUCCGCAGUGGAUCUGAGUAUCUGAUCACACGCUCGAAGACCACACAUACUCUGGUCAUCAGGGAGGUGUCCAUGGAACUAAAUGGAUCACAGGUUAAGUUUGUGGGUGGUGGAUCUCAGAGUGUUUCCACGCUUAGUGUGAAAGCCGCACGCGCACGCUUCACCAAUAAGUCUUCUCAGGUGGAGGUGUUUACUUACAGCAUGCACUCCUCUGCUCAGAUGUACACAGAAGUGUCUGAUUCAAGCAUCCAGGUUGUUUGGAUGAAGAAUGGGAAGGAGCUGAGGAUGGGUAAAAAAUAUGAAGCCACAAGUGUAGAGCGUAAACGCAUACUGACAGUCCACAACGUUGACCGUGAGGACGUGGGCAUCUAUGAAUGCAUGUGUGAUGGUGAUAAAAUGUCUGUCCAGCUUGCUCUUAAAGAAGAACCAGCUAAGUUUGUUAACAAGCCAAGGGCUCAGCCCCUAGAGAGUGAUGCUCUGGUGGGCGACGUGGUGUUGAGCUGUGAUGUUGCUUCUCCUGGAACUGCUGUUGUGUGGAAGAAAGAACAGAUGGAAAUAAUGGAGGACAAGAGGACAACUUUUAUAUCUCAAGGGACACAAAGGAAGCUGGUCAUCAGGGGUGCCAAGCAGAGCGAUGAAGGACACUACUCGUGUGAGACGGCAGAGGACAAAAUGACAUUCCUGGUCAAGAUAAAAGAAACUCGUGCUGCUUUCUCCAACAAAGACUCUUAUCAAAAGGAGGUGAAGGUUUCAACCUCUCAAAAGGCCACACUGAGCUGUGAAGUUUCUGACCUCAAGACUGAGGUGAAAUGGUUCAAGGAUGGCAAGCAGUUGAUUUCUAGUAAGACUGUCCACAUGGAGUCAAAGGGCAAGAGCCGUCAGCUGGUGCUGGAGAACGUGGAGAAGAAGGAUGCUGGAGAAUAUACUUGUGAAGCUGGAAAUGAAAAGCUGGUCUUCAAGAUUCGGGUGGAAGACAUUCAAGCUGCCUUCUCCAACAAGGACUCCUACCAGAAGGACGUCAGAGUAGCAGUUUCCCAGAAGGCCACAUUGAGCUGUGAGGUUUCUGACCCCAAGACUGAGGUGAAAUGGUUCAAGGAUGGCAAGCAGUUAAACUCCAGUAAGACUGUCCUUAUAGAGUCAAAGGGCAAGAGCCGUCAGCUGGUGCUGGAGAACGUGCAGAAGAAGGAUGCUGGAGAAUAUACCUGUGAAAUUGGAAAUGAAAAGCUGGUAUUUAAGAUUUGCGUGGAAGACAUUCAAGCUACAUUCUCCAACAAGGACUCUUAUCAAAAGGAAGUUAAGGUUUCAGUGUCCCAGAAAGCCACACUGAGUUGUGAAGUGUCUGACGUCAAGACUGAGGUGAAAUGGUUGAAGGAUGGCAAGCAAUUGACUUCCAGUAAGACUGUCCACAUGGAGUCAAAGGGCAAAAGCCGCCAGCUGGUGCUGGAUAAUGUGGAGAAGAAGGAUGCUGGAGAGUACACCUGUGAAGCUGGAAAGGAGAAGCUUGCCUUUAAAAUUCAAGUGACCGACAUUCAAGCUGCCUUCACCAACAAAGACUCAUAUCAGAAGGAAGUGAAAGUUUCAGCCUCCCAAAAAGCCACACUCAGCUGUGAAGUUUCUGACAUCAAGACUGAGGUGAAAUGGUUCAAGGAUGGCAAGCAGUUGAGCUCCAGUAAGACUAUCCUUAUGGAGUCAAAGGGCAAGAGUCGCCAGCUUGUGCUGGAAAAUGUGGAGAAGAAGGAUGCUGGAGAAUAUACCUGUGAAGUUGGGAAUGAGAAACUUGCCUUUAAAAUUCAAGUGAUGGAAAUUCAAACUGCCUUCACCAACAAAGACUCAUAUCAGAAGGAAAUCAAAGUAGCAGCUUCCCAGAAGGCCACACUGAGCUGUGAAGUUACUGACCUUAAGACUGAUGUGAAAUGGUUCAAGGAUGGCAAGCAGUUGAGCUCCAGUAAGACUGUCCUUAUGGAGUCAAAGGGCAAGAGCCGCCAGCUUGUGCUGGAAAAUGUGGAGAAGAAGGAUGCUGGAGAGUACACCUGUGAAGUUGGACAUGAGAAACUUGCCUUUAAAAUGCAGGUGACAGAUAUUCAAGCUGCUUUCACCAACAAGGAGUCCUAUCAGAAGGAAGUGAAAGUAGGUGUUUCUCAGAAAGCCUCACUGAGCUGUGAGGUUUCUGACCCCAAGACUGAGGUGAAAUGGUUCAAGGAUGGCAAGCAGUUAAACUCCAGUAAGACUGUCCACAUGGAGUCAAAGGGCAAGAGCCGUCAGCUGGUGCUGGAGAACGUGGAGAAGAAGGAUGCUGGAGAAUAUACCUGUGAAGUUAGGAACGAAAAGCUGCCAUUUAAGAUUCAGGUGACAGAGCUCAAAGCUGCCUUUACCAACAAAGACUCUUAUCAAAAGGAAGUGAAAGUUUCAGCCUCCCAAAAAGCCACACUGAGCUGUGAAGUUUCUGACCUCAAGACUGAGGUGAAAUGGUUCAAGGAUGGCAAGCAGUUGAGCUCCAGUAAGACUGUCCACAUGGAGUCAAAAGGCAAGAGCCGCCAACUGGUGCUGGAGAAUGUGGAAAAGAAGGAUGCUGGAGAAUAUACCUGUGAAGUUGGGAAUGAGAAACUUCUCUUUAAGAUUCAGGUGGAAGAUGUUUCUGCCAAAUUCCAGAAGACAUCCAUAACAAAAGAAACUGUGAUGGUUGAGUCAACAGAAAAGUUUGUUUUAAAAACUGAGGUGAUGACAGAGAGUUGUAGUGUUAAGUGGUUCAGGGAUGGAAUAGAACUGAAAGACGGAUCGAAGUAUGAGAUGAAACAAGAAGGUCGUUCACGUGUCCUCAUCGUUAAAUCUUCUGAAUCUAAAGACAGUGGAACCUACUUUUGUCAGACGGCUGAUGACAAGGUUGAGUUCAAGGUUCAGGUCAAAGAUGCACCUUUAAAUUUUGUGGUGCCAUUGCAACCAGUGUCUGCAGUACUGGAAAGCACCAUGACACUUUCCUGCAGUCUCAACAAAGCUACGAGUAGUGUCCUCUGGAAGCAUAACAGCAAAGAAAUCAAAUCAGGUGGCAGAUUCAGCAUCCGCACUGAUGGCACAAACUGCAUCUUGACUGUCUCCGCUGUGGCUCAGGAGGAUGAAGGGGAGUAUAGCUGCGAAUGCAAAGAUGACAAGACCUCCACCAAAGUCACUACUAAAGCCCCACGUCUGGUGAGGUUCACUACCAAGCUGAACAAUGUUGUUGCAAAUGAAGGCAAAGAUGCCAUCUUUAAAUGCUCCAUCACACCAGCCGAUGCAAGUGUCAGAUGGCUGCGUAAUGACAUACCUAUUACAGCUAGUCCCAAAUUUAAGAUCGCUCAUGGGGGAAGCAGCCAUUCCCUCACCAUCACAGCUGUCACUCAGGAGGAUGCAGGAGAGAUUAGUAUCGAUGCUGAGGGGAAAGUGUGCAGAGCCACACUCCAAGUACAACCGCUUCCUGUCACCUUCAAGAAGAAGCUUGCAGAUGUCACUGUAACUGAGCAGGACACAGUUCGUUUGGAAGUGGAGCUAAGUAAGCCCUCAAAAGAUGUGAAAUGGAUGAAGAAUGGUGUGGUACUGCAGCAAGGAGGAAAUAUGGAGAUCCAUGUAGAUGGUGCCAAGCAGGCUCUGGUCCUCAAGAGUGUGGCGUAUGCUGACAGAGGACAUUAUUCAUGUGAAACCCUAGAUGACAAGACCCAGGCCAAACUGACAGUAGAGAUUAAGAAGAUUCAAAUAGUAAAAGGCCUCAAAGAGAUGAAAGUACAAGAAAAAGAGACCAUCACUUUGGAAGUAGAGCUCAGCAAGGCCAAUAUAGAAGGUUCCUGGAGCAAAGAUGCAAAGAAACUAAAGGCAGGACCCAAUAUCAUCAUUACAGCAAUGGGCAACAAGCACUGCUUAACUAUGUCCCAGCUGAAGAUAAGUGAUGGUGGAACUAUUACUUUCCAAGCCGAAGAUGCCCAUACUUCUGGCAAACUAAUUGUUACUGAACCUGCUGCAAAGAUCCUCAAACCUCUACGGGAUAUCAGUUCUCCUGAAAAGGAGAAAGUCACUUUUGAAUGUGAAGUUUCAAGAGCAAAUGCUGAUGUCAAGUGGUUUAAGGAUGAUGAGGAACUAAAGCCAGGAAAGAAAUUUGGCAUCCAUUCCCAGGCCAACAAGCGCACCCUCAUCAUCCACAAGUGUGCAUAUGAAGACCAGGGCCAAUAUAUAUGUAGAACUACAGAUGACAAUACUUCGGCCAAGCUUACCAUUAACGCCAGAGAUAUUAAAAUAGUGAAGCCGCUGCAGGAUGUGGAGGUGACAGAAAAGGAGAGUGCAACAUUUGUCUGUGAGGUCUCACACGAUGAGGUCGAGGCUCAGUGGCACAAAGGAGAUGCCAAACUCAAAGUUGGAGACAACAUAAAGAUAAGGCAGGAGGGAAGAACAUACAUUCUUCUCUUUAAAUCUGUAAAGGCUGAGGACGCAGGUGAAAUAAAGUUCACAGCUGAGAAGGCCUCUUCAGCCGCUAAAUUGAAGGUUAAAGAACUGCCUGUCAGAUUUGUGAAGAAACUGAGAGACAAAAUCGCCAUGUACAAACACCGCGCAUACUUAGAAUGUCAGGUGUCACGGGCCAACGCUAAAGUCACGUGGUACAAGAACAAGUCAGAGAUCAAACCAAGCAAGAAGCAUGAGAUCACGAGUGAGGACAUCUACAGGAAGCUCACCAUCACUGACGUGGACUCUGAUGAUGAGGAUAUAUACAUGUGUGAUGCCACUGAUGAUAAGACUUCAUGUCAGCUACUAGUAGAGGAGCAGGCUAUCAGCAUAGUACGGCAGCUGAGUUCUUUGGAGGUGACCGAGCCGUUUGCUGCCCAUUUUGAGGUAGAAGUCAGUGUUGAGACAGUCAAGCCAGUGAAAUGGACUCUAAAUGGGGAACAGCUUAAGGAAAGUGCAGAUAUUGAGAUGGAGAAAGAGGGAACCAUGCACCGCCUCACUUUUAAGAAGACCAAGGCCUCCAUGUCAGGCCCAGUGCAGUUCACUGCUGGAAAGAGCAAAUCAACAGCUGAGCUCAAAGUGAAAGAGCGUCCCAUUGAAAUCCUGGAGCCUCUUAAAGAUGUAUCAGCCAAGGAGAAGACUUCCACCACGCUAUGCUGCAAGUUCUCUGCCACACCAAAAGAAGUGCGGUGGUUUAAGGGUCAAACCACUUUGGAGACUUCUAGCAAAUAUAUCAUGAAGCAAAAGGACGCCAAUGUGCAGUUGAUCAUACAAGCUUUGAGUGCAGAGGACUCUGGAGAGUAUCGCUGUCAGGUCGGGGUCUGUGAGAGCAAAGCUGUUCUCAAAGUAGAAGCGCGUAAUAUCCAGAUCACCAAACAUCUGACCGAUGUAGAAGUGGAUGAAGAUGGUGAUGCUGUGUUCACCUGUGAGGUUAACUAUGCUGAUGAAGAGGUCCAGUGGACACUUAAUGACAAGCCACUCUUCAACAAUGAGGUCAAUGCCAUCACCCAUGUGGAUAAGACCCAUACGCUCAGCCUCAAGAAUCUAGCACCUGAAGAUGGCGGGAAGGUGUCAUUCAGCAUCAGGGAUGUGAAAGAAAUAGUCUGCCUAAAAGUCAAAGAGAAGAAAGCCAUCUUCCUAAAGUUGCUGGAUGAUGUAGUUGCAGAGGAGAAGGGUACAGUGACCCUUAAGUGUGAAGCCUCAAAGCCCAGAGUGGCCCCUGUGUGGCGCAAAGAUGGUACAGUCCUGUCAGCAGGGAAAAAGUAUGAGCUCCUCCAUGAUGGUAAGACCUUGGGACUUACUAUCCAUGAUGUCACACAAGCUGACGCCGGGGAGUACAGCUGUGAUCUUGGCACAGACCACUCCAAGUCCAAGGUUACUGUUAGAGAUAUCCACAUUGGUAUCACCAAGCGAAUUAAAUCAAUAGAGGCCAAAGCAGGUGAAAACUGUACAUUUGAGUGCAUCUUGUCCCGAGAAAGUUCAGAGAGCUGCACCUGGAGCCUAAAAGGCCAACCUGUCACUGAUGGAGGCCGCUUCCAGAUAAGCAGCAAAGGGCGCAAGUAUACCUUAACAAUCAAAGCUGCCUCAGCUUCUGAUUCCGGUGAGGUGGUCUUCACUCUGAAGGAUUUGAGCUCAAAGGCAACACUUACUGUUGAGGGUGAAGCUCCUAACAUAUCUAAAGAGCUUCAAGGUGUCAGUGCCAAAAUUGGUGAAGAUGCCACAUUCUCCUGUGAGCUUUCUCAGUCUGGACUGGAAGUGAAAUGGUCAAAGGAUGGCAAAUCUAUUAGAAAAAGCCAGAAAUAUGAAAUCAGUCAGGAGCAGACACUCGUAAAGCUGACAAUCCACAACAUAACUGAAAAAGACUCUGGAGAAUACAGUUGUGAGAUCACCGGGGGCCCAACCUCCAAGGCUAAGCUGGAGAUCAAAGAACUGGCCAACAAAUUCAUUUGUGAGCUAAAGGAUGCCACUGCAGAAGAGAAGAGUGUUGUCUGCUUUGAAUGUGAGACAGCCCAACCUGCAUCUAAAGUCACCUGGCUGAGAGGAACAAAGGAGAUCAGGGCUGGAGGAAGGUAUGAGCUUAUGCAAAAGGGAACUGUCCUCAUCCUCAAAGUGAAGGAUCUGGAGAAGAGUGACAGUGAGGUGUACACCUGUGACAUUGGCUCUACGAAGAGUAUAGCCAAAUUGACAGUAAAAGUGGUACCUGCUAGGUUUAAGGGUCAGAUGAAGAACCAGCAAGUUACUGAAGGUGGGAAAGUUUUACUUUCCUGUGAGCUCUCAAAACCUGGCUGCCAAGUGCAAUGGAAAAAGGGAACGGAAAGUCUGAAACAUGGGGGAAGAUAUCAGAUAAUGCAGAGGGACACCAUGUGUGAGCUACAGAUUUCAGACUUAGUGCCUGAAGACAGUGGAGAAUAUACCUGUGAUUGUGGAAAUGAAAAAACAACAGCAAAUGUUGUUGUCAGUGCAUUACCGGUGGUCUUCAGAAGUGAACUACAAAGCCAAGAGUGUGACAUAGGAGACAUCAUUACUCUACAUUGUGAACUCUCAAAGCCAGGAAUUCCUGUAGUUUGGAAAAAAGGAACACAGGUGCUACAAUCUGGAGAAAAGUACCUCACCAUGCAAGAUGGGGCUACUAUUAAGUUGAAGAUCGCAGACCUCAGACCUGAAGAUGCUGGACAAUACACAUGUGUGUGUGGUGACAAAAAGACUACAGCAAACAUUAAAAUCAAGGCAUUGGUCUUCAAAAGAGAACUGCAAAACCAAGAGUGUCAAGAGGCAGACAGUGUUACUCUUCAGUGUGAGCUUUCCAAAACAGGAGUGCCUGUAGUUUGGAGGAAAGGAACACAAGUAAUCCAUUCUGGAGAGAAAUACUACAUAAAGCAAGCUGGUUCUGUUUUUGAACUGAAGAUCCCUGAUGUCAAACCUGAAGAUGCUGGAGUCUAUAGUUGUGAUUGUGGCUUCAUCAAGACCUCAUCUACCAUUACCGUCAAUGCACUACCAGUGGUCUUCACACAUGAGCUGCAAAACCUGGAGUGUGAUGAAGGAGGCAGUGCUACUCUGUCCUGUGAGCUUUCCAAACCUGGUGUUCCUGUGCAGUGGAAAAAAGGAAGCCAUGUUAUUCAGUCUGGAGGAAAGUACGUCAUCAGGCAGAUUGCCUCGAAGGUGGAGCUGAAGAUCACAGAUCUCAAACCUGAAGAUGAAGGAGACUACACGUGUGUAUGUGGAGACAAGGCAACAACAGCCCAUAUGAAAAUUAAGGUUCUGAAAGCCCAGACAGCCUUGUACCAUCCAGGACUUCAAAAGCAGACUACUGAGCAGGAGGCAUCAAUUGAUGCUCUAAAGUUCCUCUGUCCUUCUGCUGCCCUUGAAUCAGACUUCCAGAAGCAGAAGAAUGAGAAACAGUCAGAGCUCAGUGCGUUACCGGUGGCCUUUAAGUGUGAACUACAGAACCAAGAGCUUCAAGAAGGAGAGUGUGUAACUUUGCGCUGUGAACUUUCAAAACCUGGAGCUCCUGUGGUUUGGAGAAAAGGAACAGAGAUCAUCAGCUCUGGAGAAAAGUACAUCAUUAAGCAAGUUGGCUCUGCUGUUGAGCUGAAGAUCACUGAUGUUAAACCUGAAGAUGCUGGAGACUAUGUUUGUGAUUGCAGGGACAACAUCAGCACCGCUAGAAUCAAAAUCAAUGCAUCACCAGUGGUAUUCAAGUGUGAACUACAGAACCAAGAGCUUCAAGAAGGAGAGAGUGCAACUUUGCACUGUGAACUCUCAAAACCUGGAGUUCCUGUGGUCUGGAGAAAAGGAACAGAGAUGAUUAGUUCUGGAGAAAAGUACAUCAUCAAGCAAGUUGGCUCUGCUGUUGAGCUGAAGAUUCCUGAUGUUAAACCUGAAGAUGCUGGAAACUAUGUUUGUGAAUGUGGAGAUAACAUCUGCACUGCUAACAUCAAAAUCAAUGCAUUACCAGUGGUCUUCAAAUGUGAGCUACAGAACCAAGAGAUUCAGGAAGGGGAUAGUGUUACUUUGCGCUGUGAAGUUUCAAAACCUGAAGUUCCUGUGAUUUGGAGGAAAGGAACACAGGUGAUCCAUUCUGGAGGAAAGUACAUCAUCAAGCAAGUUGGCUCUGCUGUUGAGCUGAAGAUCACUGAUGUCAAACCUGAAGAUUCUGGAGAUUAUGUUUGUGAUUGCGGAAAGAGCACGACAACUGCCAACGUCAAGGUUAACGCUCUUCCAGCUACCUUUACACAAGAACUUAAAAACCAGACAGCUACUGAAGGAGAAAGCAUCAUCUUCCAGUGUAAACUCUCCAAACUUGAAAUUCCUGUUGUUUGGAGGAAAGGAAUGCAGGUGAUCCAUUCUGGAGAAAAGUACCUCCUCAAGCAAGUUGGUUCUACGGUUGAGCUGAAAAUCACUGAUGUCAAACCUGAAGAUGCUGGAGACUAUGCUUGUGAUUGCGGAGACAGCAUUACCACAGCCAAUGUCAAGGUUAAUGCACUUCCAGCCAUUUUCACACAAGCACUGAAAAACCAGGCAGCUGUUGAGGGAGAGAGCAUCAGCUUCCAGUGUGAGCUCUCCAAAGCAGACAUUCCAGUUGAGUGGCGCAGGGGUGAAAUUGGCCUUUGCCCCUGUGCUAAAUAUGAAUUAAAGCAAGACGGCUACCGUGCCCAACUGGUCAUACAUGACCUUGAACGUGAGGACUCUGGUGACUAUAUUUGUGACACUGGAGAACACCAAAGCACUGCAUAUCUGGAGGUUAAGGCACUGCCAGUUCUUUUCAAAUCAUCUCUGAAAGAUUUGGAAAGUGAAGCUGGGGAACAUGCAGUGUUUCGAUGUAAACUUGACAAAGCUGGAGCCAAAGUCAUCUGGAGGAAAGACAAGAAUGUAAUAGAAGCAAGCCACAAAUAUCAGAUGAAGCAAGAUGGGGCUGUUGCUGAACUUAUCAUUUACAAGCUGCAAGAAGGAGAUGCUGGAGAGUACUGCUGUGAAACUGAACAUGAUCAGACAUCUGCCAAACUCACUGUGAAGGAACCUGAAAUCAUGAUCUUAACUGGCUUGAAGAGCUGCAUUGUCAAUGAAGGCGAGGACGUUCAUUUUGAAUGCCUUGUCUCUCAUGACAAUGCACUCAUUGUUCAGUGGACACUGCAAGAUGUCCCACUACAGAACAAUGAGAUGAAUGAAAUCCAAAUGGAAGGAAAAAGGCACACACUUAGACUAAGAAGUGUCACCCAGAAAGACUCAGGCACAGUGUCCUUCCAUGUGGGUGCACACACUUCUUUUGCUUGUCUUACAGUCAGAGCAAUCCCUGUGCUGUCAUUUGUGAAGGAGUUAACAAGCCAGGAAGUCACAGAGGGAGGCAGUAUCUCAUUAUGUUGUGAAAUUUCAAUACCUGAUGCCAGUGUGACCUGGAAGAAAGGUACUCGGGCACUAUCUGAUGGAAGGAAGUAUUCCAUAAAGAGGGAUGGCUCAAUCCAAACCCUGGAAAUCCAAAAGCUAUCAGUGGAUGAUGGUGGCGAGUACAUAUGUGAAGCAGGAGAGAAACAAAGCAAAGCUACAUUGACUGUCAAAGAAUGUGUAAAAAUCACAAGAGAAAUAAAGGAUGUGACUGUGAUAACGGGCGAGGAUGCUAUCUUCCAGUGUGAGGUGUCUCAUACAGGGGUUACAAAUGUCGAGUGGUGGCUCGGCUCCAACCACCUUCAAAACAAUGACUUGAAUCAAAUCAGCUGCAGAGGGAGGGAACACAGCCUAGUGCUGAAAAUGGUCACACCCGACGACUCAGGUGAUGUAGCCUUUGUGGUUGGCCCUCAGAAGAGCGUCGCCUACUUGUUGGUGCAGGAGAAACCCAAAGUUGUAUUCUUAGAGAAGCCUCUGGAUUUAACUGCCAAAGAGGGUCAAACAGUCACACUGUCCUGCAUGACCUCUGACCCUGAGGCCUCUGUCACCUGGUACAAAGAUGAAGAGAUGAUAAAGGCAGGUGGGCGGUAUCUGCUUUACAAGGAUAGAGCCGUCCAUCAGCUCCGCAUCCUUAGAGUGGAGGAAGGAGAUGCAGGGUUGUAUACAUGCAAAACCAAAGAUGCAGAAAGCUGCGCCACCCUUACUGUUAAAGGUCAACCUGCAUACUUCCGGAAGGAGUUAGACAACCAGAAUGCAAUAGAGGGAGAUAGUAUCACCUUGCGCUGUGAGCUUUCUAAGCCGGUUAAGAGUGUAGAGUGGAGAAAGGGUGGAGUGGUACUCCAACCCAGUAAGAAAUUUGAAAUGAAAAAAGAAGGGUGUGUGCUGGAGCUCCAUGUCCAUGAUCUGGAACCAGAGGACAAUGGCUACUACACUUGUGAUGCUGGAGACCAGUUGACAACAGCAUCGGUCACUGUGCAAGAGGCUGAGGUUCUCAUAGUGUCGGGUAUAAAGAACACAGAUGUGUUUGUAGGAGAACAGGCAAUUUUCUCCUGCCAGCUCUCUCGCCGUGCCAAAGGCAGAGUUCAGUGGUGGCUGGACGGCACUCGUUUGGAGAACAGUACCUUCAGUGAAAUAAGUGUGGGUGAAGACCAUGUCCACACUCUCACCCUAAGGAACCUUUCUCCCAAUGAUUCGGGUACAGUCCUGUUCAAAACAGGUGGCCUGACGUCCUCCGCCAAGCUGUUAGUGAAAGAUCCCAAUGUGGAGGUGGUCAGUGCCAUGGAGGACCAACAUGUAGCAGAAAACCAGCCUGCAGAGUUCAUCUGUCAGUACUCCCGGCCAGUCAAGGCUGUAUGGAAGCGAAACGGCAUACCUGUGCAAGCAGACGGUCGCAGGGUAAUAGUGGAACAGGACUGGACUGUUUCACGGUUGUACAUUAGCUGUGUGGAGCCCCAGGAUGGGGGGAUGUACUCCUGUGAGGCAGAAGGAACCUCUGUUGUGGCACAUCUCAGGGUGCAAGCUAAACCAAUUGACAUUCUUCAAGAGCUGAGUAACGUGGAGACCAUUAAUGGUGGGGAAGCACUUUUUGAAUGCUCCUUGUCCCGGCCUGAAACCAAAGACUGCCGGUGGUUAAUUGAUGGUAAGCCUGUAAAGGAGUCCUCAAAUGUGGAGAUUGUUUCCUUUGAGAGUGGCAGACGCCAUCUUCUGCUUUUAAAGGAUUUGCAUCCUUGUGAAAACACAAGGAUUACAUUCCAAGCUGGCACUUCAUCAACUACUGCUCUCCUGUCUGUCAAAGCUUGGCAACUGGAGGUGAUCAAGCUUUUGGAAGAUAAGACCGCCAUUGCAGGAGAACAAGUUGAGUUCACUUGUGCUUUGAAUGAAGCUGUGCCUGAGAGUGAAGUGACUUGGUAUGCAAAUGGUGUUGAGUUAAAAUGUAAUGACCAGUGGGCCAUGAGAGCCAGUGGAUCUUCCUACAGCUUAAUUUUGCAGAAAGCCCAGGCUCAGCCCACACAGGAAAUCACAUUUGCUGCCCGGGAUGCCUUAUCAAUGGCCAAACUCACCAUAAUAUCUGUGCCUGAUCCCCCUGAAGACCCAGAGCUGGUUAGUAAAGGUCCAACGUUCGUCACCUUGUCUUGGUUUACGCCCCUCAGUGAUGGAGGAAGCCCAAUCAUUGGUUACCGUGUGGAAAUGCGUCUAGUGGACAGUGUCCUCUGGCUGCCUUGCCACACAGAACCAGUGUGCAACACUGAAUUUCUGGUUGAAAAUCUCAUACCGGGGGCAGGUUACAGGUUCAGGGUGGCAGCCAUCAACCGUGCUGGUAUUGGAGAGCCUGUCCAGCUGCCUCAAACUGUGACACUUGACGCACCAGUGACCAUGACCAAAAUGUUAAGCAGCUCUAAGAUUGAAAAAGGAAAGAUAGUUCGUUUGGAGUGUGAACUUUCUACAGAGAGCAAAUCAGUUAUAUGGCUAAAGGACAACAGAGAGAUAGAGUUUGGGGUCAAGUAUCAAAUGGUCGCAGAAGAAAAGAGCCAAGUUUUGCUCAUAAAGGAUUUCCAGUCUACAGAUCAAGGUGUCUAUUCUUGUAUAGCCUCAGAAGAGGCUAAGACUUCUAUCAACCUCAACCUCGAAGGAGAUGACACAACACUUCCUCAGGAUGCAGGCAGCCAGCCCAAAUUACCUCCUGAAGCUGCUUCCGAGGGAGAUUUACAUGCUCUAUGGGAUGCAGUGGCCAAGAAGAGGAGAAUGAGUCGAGAACCCACAUUAGAUUCAAUUUCAGAGCUGCCAGAAGAAGAUGGAAAAGAAAAAGCCCAGAGCAAGGAAGGAAAAGCACCUGAAAAGGAAGUGAGACCUGUUGAACCCACUCCCAAAAUCACAGGGGAGCCUAAUCUCUAUAGAAGUUCUGAUGAGGAAUCUCUCAGUGGGACAACAAGCUUGGUGUCUUACCUAAAGAAAAGCAGCAAGUCCUCUAUAACUGUGGAAGGUUCCACUGAGACUACUGCCUCCAAGAAACUGUAUGAGCACUUCCAGAUGACAGAGCAAUCUGUUACAAAGACGUCUGUGGAGCCCCUCAUGGAAGCUCAAAAUGGGGAUGAGUUGCAAGAGGCUGCUGUCAAGAUUCAGGCAGCCUUCAAAGGUUAUAAAGCCAGGAAGGAUAUGCGACCAGUCUUCAAAGAUGUAUUUAAGGAUCAGACUAAGGAGCCCAAUGGGACAAUUCAUCUUGAGUGCAUUGUGGAGGGUAAGCCGGAUAAGGUUCGCUGGCUGAAAGAUGGUGAACCCUUAACAGAUGGCAAGCACCACCAUAUUGACAUCUAUAAUGAUGGAACCUGCUCUCUAGUAGUGACAGCUGCCACAACCAAAGACACUGGUGUAUAUACUUGUGAAGUAACCAAUAAGUUUGGCGUUUCGACCCAUAGUGGUAAAGUCUCUGUAGGUUCCCUGCGGGAAUCUUCUGGCCGACGCCCACUCACUCUGGGCUACAGUGCUGAUAGCGAAGCUGAAAGCUCCUCAGGGAGUGAGAUGGAUGAGACUUUAAGGCAAGCAAGUAAACGACUACGCCGACUUCUUCGUACUCGCCUCCCUCCAGAUGUGGAAGAGGAACCUUUUAUUAGUGCGGAUGAAGGAGAUUUACCGCCACCGGACCUACAGUCUUACCGGGAAGACGAUCAGUAUAUUUACAUCCGUUUUGAUAAUCGUGCAGAAGCUCAAGUAGCUUCCCAGCGCUUCCAGGAAAUGUUUACUUAUCAAGGAGUCCCCAUCGAAACGGCCAUCAUAGCAGCAGCAGGCACUAAGGUAGAGCUGCGUAUCACAAAGAUAGGUCUCUCCCAAGAUGGCUCCCAAACCCCAACUCAGGAGCGACCAAUGCCUGCUUUCAUGACAGGAGCCCCUGCGGCUCCCGUCUUCCUGACGGAGCUCCGUAGCCAAGAUGUUCCUGAUGGCUUUCCAGUCAGUUUUGACUGUGUAAUUGUUGGCAACCCCCCUCCCACUGUGAGAUGGUUCAAGGAUGGAAAGAUGUUGGAGGAAAACGACCACUACAUGAUCAAUGAAGAUCAGGAAGGCCAUCACCAGCUGAUCAUCACAGCUGUGCUGCCCACAGACAUGGGCGUGUACCGUUGCAUGGCUGAAAAUGACAGUGCCAUCUCCUCCAGCAAGGCUGAGCUGAGGGUGGACAUGUCUUGCAGCUCAGACUAUGACACAGCAGCCGAUGCCACAGAGACGUCUUCCUAUGUCAGUGCAAAAGGUUAUGUGUCGAGCUCGGAGCACAGGGAUACAGAGGCUUUUGAGUCUGUGGCAGAGGACGAACAGCUUCCUCAAGUUGUGGAUGAGUUACACGAUUUGUUCCUCAGUCCUGGAGCACCUAUUGCCAAAAUGAGUGUCAGGGUCAAAGGAUUUCCCACACCAAGGGUUUACUGGUUUAAGGAUGGCACCCCACUCCAAGCCUCCAGCAGAAUUGUAUUAUCAACAGAACGAGAUCAGCAUAGUCUUGAGAUUUUGGAUGUUAAACGCGAGGACACCGGAGAAUACUCAGCAUACAUUAGCAAUAUAGCUGGCUCUGCCUACUCUUCAGCACAACUGAGUGUACUGGCUCCAGGAGAGCGUCCCACGCAGGGACGAAUGAGAGAUUUAAAGGUGCCUCUUGUGCCACCACGCUUCCUGGAGAGGUUCAGUAACAAGAAGGUGAAACCGGGAGCAAGUAUGACAUUCUCAGUCAAAGUGGAAGGCUCCCCAACCCCGUCUGUAAACUGGUUAAAGGAAGUGUCAGAUAAGGAUGUUCUGUGGAUAAAGGCAGACACACCAGGUUACAAGGUGGCCAGCUCUGGCCGUCAGCAUAGUCUCAUCCUCAUGGAAGUGGAAAAAAAACAUGCCGGCAUGUACACUUGCAUCGCCACCAAUCGUGCUGGACAGUCAGUCAACACAGCCCGGCUGGAUGUGGAGACAGCACCAGAACAAAAGAAAGUGGGGACAGAGGUUCUGGGAAUUACUAUCAGCCCACCGGAGGAAGAGGGCAAAGGAGAGAUCAAACUACCUUCCUUGGGUGAAGUGGGUACAGAGGAGUUCUUACAAAAACUUACAACCCAAAUAACAGAAAUGGUAUCUGCCAGGAUUACUCAAGACAGCUUACAGAACCAUCAAGUGCUCCAGUGGAUGAAAUCUUGGCCCAAAGUAACCACUUCAUUGCGUGUCCCAGGAGCUGACAGCGACGAUGAAACAAAAACACCAUCCCCAUCUCCCUAUCACGGCCGAUCACGUCCUCCAUCUCUGAUCGCAGACUCAUCAUCCGAGUCUGAUGAAGGAGAUGCCAGGGGAGAGAUGUUUGAUAUCUAUGUGGUGACCGCUGACUACAGCCCCAUGGGAGUCAGUAAAGAUGCCAUCGCUCUGAAAGAGGGCCAGUAUGUGGAGGUUCUGGAUUCUGCCCACCCACUUAAAUGGCUGGUCCGCACCAAGCCCACCAAAUCCAAUCCAUCUCGCCAGGGAUGGGUCUCACCUGCGUAUCUCGACAAAAGACUGAAGCUGUCUGCAGAUGUUGCAGACCUCCCAGAGACCACCAAAGAAGAAGUCACAGAAACAGAGUACAGGAAGAAACUCUGUCAACUCAUCCAGGAGCUGAUCAGCACAGAAACCGAGUUCCUGAAAGAGAUGGAGUUCUUCGCAUCACACCAUCUGAAGCGUGUGGAUGAAGAGAGCACACCAUCUGAAAUUGCCAGCCAGAAAGAAACCAUUUUCCGUAAUAUCAAUGAUUUGAAAUCCUUCCACAGCAGUACUUUGCUGCCUGGUCUGCGUGACUGUGACACGGAUGAUGACAUUGCCAUGCAUUUCCUGAGAAACUCUGAAGGGUUUGAGAGAUAUCUGCAAUACCUCAUUGGACAAUUGCAAGCUGAGUCCGUCAUUAGUGAGAAAGAAGUGCACCAAUAUUUCAAAGAUUAUACAGACUCGGAGUUGGCAAAUGUUGACCCCUCAGAGGGUCCGGUGCUAAGCAUCAAUGCUUACCUUCAGAGACCACCGGAGAGAAUUCUGAAGUACAGAGCUUUACUGAAGGAAUUCAUCCGGAACAAGGCAAGGAACGGUCAAAACUGCUGUUUGCUGGAGCAGGCCUAUGCUAUGGUGUCAUCUCUUUCCCAGCGCUCAGAAAACACACACCAUGUAUCUCUCAUAGAGAACUACCCUGCCAAUCUGGAGGCGCUGGGAGAACCUAUUAGACAGGGGCCCUUCACUGUUUGGGAAGGAGCUCCUGGAAUUCGUACGUCUUCCAGAGGUCACCACCGCCACGUCUUCCUCUUUAAAAACCACGUGGUCAUCUGCAAACAGAGGAGAGACACGAACACAGACACCCAAGCAUACGUGUUCAAGAAUAUGAUGAAGCUUACAAACAUUGACGUGAACGAGACGGUGGAGGGUGAUGAGAGAGCGUUUGAGAUCUGGCAUGAGCGCGAGGACUCCGUGAGAAAAUACACUUUGCAGGCACGGACUGUUAUCAUCAAGAACUCAUGGCUCCGUGACCUCCGUGACCUUCAGCAGCGCUACAGCAUGCCAGCCUGGAGCUCUCCAGAUUUUGAUGCAGUGUUGACAGACUGCACAGCAGAGCUCGGACAGACAGUAAAGCUCGCAUGCAAGGUCACUGGUGUCCCCAAACCACAGGUCACCUGGUACAAAGAUGGGCGUGCCGUGGAAGCGGACCCUCAUCACAUCAUCAUUGAGGACCCAGACGGGUCUUGCACACUCAUUUUGGACAACAUGACAGCAGACGACUCUGGACAAUACAUGUGCUUCGCCACCAGCUCUGCGGGCAAUGCCAGCACACUGGGCAAAAUCACUGUACAGGUACCUCCGCGUUUUGUGAAUAAGAUCCGGAACGCCACACUUCACCCAGGAGAAGAUGCUCAGUUCACCUGCACCAUCCAGAGCGCACCGAGUCCCAAAAUAAGAUGGUUUAAGGAUGGUAAACUACUGACAGACCUGGAGAAGUUUCAAACAUACAGUGAACCGCGCAGUGGAGUUUUGGUUCUAGUCAUCAAGAACCCUGGAGAGCGAGACCUUGGACAUUAUGAGUGUGAUCUGUCAAACCGUCUGGGCAGCGCAAGGUGUGCGGCGCAGCUGAUCACUCCUGCUGUGGCAAUGGCGGGAGAACGUAGAGAUCAGGCCAUCAGUAUAGAAGUAACAGAACAAGAGACGAAAAUACCGAAGAAAACCAUAAUUAUUGAGGAGACCAUCACCACAGUUGUGAAGAACACGAGAAUGAAACGGCAUGCUUCCCCACGACCAUCCUCCAUGGGAGCUCACCGCUCCGAGACGUCCACACCUGAACCGGCCAGACAGAGACGAACUCUGGCCAGGAAGACUGUACCGACACUGUAUGUUCCAGAGGCAGAGGGAGCCAUGGCCAGGAACCCAAGAUGGGUAGAAGUUGAAGAGAUAAUAGAAUAUAAAGUGAACAAAUCACCCAAGUUGCCAAGAAGAAGAGGCGUUUCCCCCGGCAAGUUCUCAUCACCUGGCAAUCCAAACACUAAUAACUCCAACAACAAGUUACUUGAGGAGGCAAUGGGUGCUGCAAUGGCUCUGCAAGGUUCUUCUGGUACGGAUGGAGAGGAAAUUGCACAGAAUGUUUCUGAAGUUCCUUCAGAGGUCGACAGCAUGACAACAUACUCAGGAGAAAUUGAUGACCCAUGUGUCUCUGAUGGGGAUGAUGAUGGAACAAUUGUCGUGGAGCCUGAGGAUGACGAACUUGAUGCUCGAGACUGCAAAAUGCUGACUGAUGGAAAUCGAGUUCUUACUCUUGAAGAUCUCGAGGACUAUGUCCCUCAGGAAGGGGAGACAUUCGGCAGCGGUACAGACCAUCGUGUCUUCGUUGAGAAACCAAGUGAGAUCUCUGUGUUGCAAAGAGAAAUUAACGAGCCAGUCAUCGGAAAACCCAUUGUGCUGAACGUAGCACGUCCGGUGCCACCGGCAAAGCCUCGCAUGGGAUUCUUUGGGUCCUUCAAGGAACACAUUUCCAGCAUGUUCAGUCCAGGUUCAUCGGCGAGUGGCAGCUCCCAGGCAAAGCGAGAGAAGACCAUACCUAUUCAUGUGAUGGGACAACCUUCAUCCAACUAUACACGCCACAGCAGUAGCUUCACAAGGCUUGAAGUCCAGCCGACGUAUUGCUCUGAGGUCCAGAGAGGAAAAGAAGGAGGUCUGCAGAGCUUCAAAACGCAGGUUUCCACACAAACCCGCAGCUACACGCCAACCGGACAGGUCACUCUUCAGAUCAGCAAGAAGAAGCCUUUUGAGAAACAGUAACCAAGAGGAAACCACUCAGGACUGAUUCUCAGAUGCUUGUUUCCAACAUGCAAAAUCAGGAAUAUACAAGUAGGCCUAGUCUUAAAUGGGAACACUUCGAUAAAAUCUUGCAAUCUGGGAGUGUAAUUCUAUCGUGAAGCUUCUUCUAACAGCAGAUCAUUCCAUGUUGAGGCAAAGAAUUCGCUUACCAAACUCAAUGACCUAAUGAGGACUUUCUAAUUUCUUGAGUUCCCGUGAGCAAAUGUGCAGCUGUGCUUCGGAAUGGAAAGUCUGACAUAACAUGUAUCUGCAAAUAUGGACAGUACAGCUGUCUUUCCUCUAAAGCAGUGAUGUCCAAUCCUGGUCCUAGAGGACCAGCGUCCUACAGAGCUUAGCUUAAACAACACAGUUGCCUGGAGGUUUCUAGUUAAUUAUUUAAUUCAGGUGUGUUUAAUUAGGGUUGGAGCUCAAUUCUGCAGGACAAGUGUCCCUUUAGGAACAAGUUUGGACACCUUUGGUCUAAUUCAGUGGUUUUCAAUCCUGUUCCUCUGGACCUACUGCUCUGCGCAUUUUGCAUGCGUCCCUUAUCUGACACACUCAUCGGCUUCAUGGAGCCUUUCCUAAUGAGCUAAUGAUCUGAAUCAGGUGUGUAAAUCAGGGAGAUACGCAACCUCUAAAGCAGUUCUCCCCUGAGGUACACCUUUACCUCCAACCUUGGUAUAACCCACUUUUCUGUAACUUUCUAGUAAAACCUUUAUCGUGUUUGUUCAAUUUGUUGUACCUAAACUCUGGAGUAAAUUUAACUUUCUAAGACUCCCUGUACUGAGAAACACCUCGAGAAAUAAGAGGGUGUUUGUGUAUGUCAAGAAAUCCAAAUUUGGACUGCAAAAAUAAGAUUUUCUGUGAAUGCAAUUUAUGUGUUUUAUGGAAUUAAUGUACCUCAGCGAUACAUAUAUAUUUAUGUGUUUUUCAACAUCUAAAAAGCCAAAUCAACUUUUUCAGUCAAGUUGUUCUUGGGCGUAAUGCAAUGUGGCUUGUUAAAUCUGAGGUAAAAUCUCGUUUCUGUCGGAAAUCUUGAACGUGUCAUCCUGCACUGAAGAUGUGUAUUCAGUGUGCUGAGCAUUUUAGUGUUACAAUGUGAAUGUAUGGAGUUUUGUAGACUGACAAAGGAAUAGCUGUGGGAGACCUUAAGAACCAUAACACAAAAUCUAUUUAAUGACUUUAGAAGAUUUAUUUUAAAAAGUAUUUCUUGUGCAACAUGACUUUAAGCACAUAGUAUUUACAGAUUUAAAAAGAUUUGCGAUUUACUGGAGUAAUAUAUUUAAAUGUGUUUGAACUUUAAAUACAAAUACAAAUUUUGUGUCAACCAAAAUUUGCAUGUGUAACAUAAUUUGUAUUGUUGUGUGGAUCACAUGGUUUGAAAAGUUUUGGUAAAAGCAAAAUAAAUUAGGACUGCCAAGGGUGUUCAGCAGAUAAAAGAAAAAAAAAAACUUGAAUAAAUAUAAAUAAAAAUGUACGCCUUGAAGUUCUGCUUUACAAAAUAAGAGUAUAUUUGGAUGCGUGUAUUAGAAAUAAGACUUCUGUCAAAUUAUAAACGGAUAUCACAUAACAUUGAUAUUAAAGAAAUGAUAGUAAAAAGAAAAAAAA